AGGAGGAGGAAGGCACAGGGGGAGGAGGAAGGCACAGGCCGGCAGGCAGACGGGCAUCUGCCGCAGCUCCCUUUAGGCAGCCCUUAGUGAGCUUGACACCAUGGGCAAUACAGCCACCAAGUUCCGCAAGGCCCUGGUGGGUGGCGACGAGGCCCUGGCCUGGCAGCUGUAUGAGGGGAACCCUCAGUUCAGGGACGGCCUGGACCCCAACGCAUCAUAUGGAGAGCAGUACCAGCACAACACGCCCCUGCACUACGUCUGCCGCCACGCCAUGACACGUUUGCUCAGGUCCUUCCUGUUCAGUAAAGAGGGGAACCCCAACAAGCGUAAUGUACACAAUGAGACGUGCCUCCACGUGCUGUGCCAAGGCCCACAGAUCCUGCUGCUCGCGGAGGGAGCACUGUCACCGCGACUGGCCCGACCCCAGAGGGACGAGCAGCGUCGUGCUGACUGCCUGCAGAUGAUCCUGAGCUGGACCGGAGCCAGGCUGGAGGGAGGCCAGUACGAGAAGGCCAAUGUCAACGCCACCGACAAUCACCACAGCACCUGUCUGCACUAUGCUGCCUCUGCGGGGAUGAAGAGCUGUGUGGAGUUGUUAAUCCAGAGCGAGGCGGACCUUUUUGUGGAGGAUGAGGACAAGUUGACGCCAUGCGACCAUGCCGAGCGGCAUCACCACACCGAGCUGGCCCUCAGCCUGGAGUCACAGAUGGUUUUCUCCUCCUCUUCAGCUCAGCAGUCAAACACAGACGCACAUGGUGAAGCCAACCUGCUGCAAUACAAGGAGCCCUACGAGGGACUGAAGCUUCAGGACCUGCGCAGGCUGAAGGACAUGCUGAUCGUGGAGACGGCAGACAUGCUGCAAGCCCCCCUCUUCACCGCUGAGGCCCUGCUCCGAGCACACGACUGGGACAGAGAAAAGCUUCUGGAAGCCUGGAUGUCGGAUGCCGAGGGCUGCUGCCAGCGCUCAGGUGUGGCCAUGCCCACCCCACCACCCAGCGGAUACAACGCCUGGGACACCCUGCCCUCACCUCGCACCCCAAGGACCCCUCGCUCACCCCUCACACUCACCCUCACAUCCCCCACCGACAGCUGCCUCACACCUGGAGAGGAGGGCCUGUCUACGUGUGGGAUCUGUCUCUGCUCUAUCUCAGUGUUUGAGGAUCCAGUGGACAUGUCCUGUGGACACGAGUUCUGCAGAGCGUGCUGGGAAGGGUUCCUCAAUGUAAAGAUUCAGGAAGGUGACGCACACAAUAUCUUCUGCCCGGCCUAUGAGUGCUACCAGUUGGUGCCUGUGCACGUGAUCGAGAGUGUGGUUUCCAGAGAGAUGGAUCAGCGUUAUCUGCAGUUUGACAUCAAGGCAUUUGUGGAGAACAAUCCUGCUAUCCGCUGGUGUCCCGCAGCGCGGUGUGAGCGAGCGGUGCGGCUCACCCGACCAGGCCCCGGGGACAGUGACCCUCAGAGUUUCCCCCUGCUGCCCUCCCCCGCUGUUGAUUGUGGAAAGGGUCACCUCUUCUGCUGGGAGUGCCUUGGCGAGGCCCAUGAGCCCUGCGACUGUCAGAUGUGGAGGAACUGGCUCCAGAAAGUCACAGAGAUGAAACCUGAGGAGUUGGCAGGUGUGAGCGAGGCCUAUGAGGAUGCUGCUAACUGCCUGUGGCUGCUGACCAACUCCAAACCGUGUGCCAACUGCAAGUCGCCCAUUCAGAAGAAUGAGGGCUGCAACCAUAUGCAGUGUGCCAAGUGCAAGUACGACUUCUGCUGGAUCUGUCUGGAGGAGUGGAAGAAGCACAGCUCGUCAACAGGAGGCUACUAUCGCUGCACUCGCUAUGAGGUCAUCCAACAGCUAGAGGAGCAGUCCAAGGAGAUGACUGUCGAGGCAGAAAAGAAGCACAAAAGCUUUCAGGAGCUGGACCGUUUCAUGCACUACUACACCCGUUUUAAGAACCAUGAACACAGCUAUAAGCUGGAGCAGAAACUGCUGAAGACGGCGAAAGAGAAGAUGGAGCAGCUGAGCAGAGCCUUCAUUUGUCGUGAAGGCACUCCUCCAGACACGCGGUUCAUCGAGGACGGUGUUUGUGAGCUGCUGAAGACGCGACGCGUCCUGAAGUGCUCUUACCCGUACGGCUUCUUCCUGCAGCAAGGCAGCACCCAGAAAGAAAUAUUUGAGCUCAUGCAGACGGACCUGGAGAUGGUUGUGGAGGAUCUGGCCCAGAAGGUCAAUCGGCCGUACCUGAGGACGCCCUGCCACAAGAUAAUCAGCGCCGCCCGUCUGGUGCAGCAGAAGAGGCAAGAAUUCCUGGCGUCGGUGGCGCGUGGCGUUGCGCCCAACGAUUCUCCUGAGCCUCCCCGCAGGAAUUACCCUGGAGGAUCAUGGGACUGGGAGUACCUCGGCUUUGCCUCCCCUGAGAUGGGGAGUCGUCACUCUGUACUGGGAGCAGGUGAUCGAGAAAGACAGUCACAGGAUUAUGCUGACAUCCAGUACCGCCGCAGACACAGGCCACGGCGCAGAGGAGACAUGCUGAGUCUGCACAACCUCCGCAGCAGCAGCAACACGCCAGAGACCAGCAGGAGGAGUGACAACACAGAAGCUCCAGAGAGAGGCGAAGGCCGCAGGAGAGCGCUGGGCUCGCUGGAUGAAGACGACCCAAACAUCCUGCUGGCCAUCCAACUGUCCCUUCAGGAGUCCCGCAGAGAGCGGGGCCUGGAGGGAGGGCUGGAGGGGAGAGUGGAUCUGGAGCGUGGACUGGACAGAGGACAGGAGAGAAGGCCGGGUCCUCCCGGAGACCUGGAUGAUGUCGCUUUGCACUCUCUCAACACGGACGGGCCUCCGGGAGCCAGAGGCUCCUCCUUCCCCGCUUCUCUCCUCGACCCUCCUCGCCCCCCUAACAGGACAGACUCUACUUCCCAGCCUCCCACGUCCAGCUCCAUCCCCCUCCCUCCCCCGCCUCCAUCCCUCAGUGCAGAGCUGCUGGAGCUGGGAGAUAGCCUUAUGAAACUGGGGAACAUAACCACUCCUUAUGACCUGGACACACACACACAGGAGCAGCUCUGCUCUCACCACACAUACGGCCACAGCACACUCACCGCUCCCUACACCAUUGAACCUGCCUACAGCGACUGCAGCCAUAGACAAGACCAGAAUGCACUGAGCGCUCCGUACAUGCUUGACCAUAUCACCAUCACAGAUUCUCGCUAUGACAGCAAAGAGCAGACUUACUGCCACUCUGCUGCUUAUUUGGCUGAGGCUGAACACACUGCCUCCUGCGCACUUGAACGCACCCAGAACCCGGCCCAUCCUAGUUCAUACAACCGGGAACACGCAGCCACGUACGACAGUACCCCGAAACCAGACAGCUCUUACACCCCCUGCCCAGAACAAAGUAGCUCUUACACUCAGGAGCGUCCUGCCGCCUACGCUCUCGAACGCCCACCCAAAUCAGACCCUCAGCCCCCUGCCCAGUUGUGCCUCUCGUCUCCAGAGCUGGAGCCGGAGCUGCUGCUUUCACCCGUGAUCCCUCCUGGGGGCCCUUUCACCCCCAGCGAUCCUCAGAGUCUGGAGGCCCUGGACCCCACAGCCAGUGCCCAGCUGCUGGACAACAUCAUGGCCUGGUUUAACAACAACAUCAACCCGCAGAACAACCCCCAGAGCCUGGCUCUCAUCCCCUCGCCUCCCACCACAGAAAGCGACUCCUCCCCUGACACACACACUGAGACUGAGUCAGAGAGCCAGACCUCCAGGGACGCGACCCCAGCCCCUGUCUGGCAGCCCCUGGAGGGCGAGCCAGAGGCGGACCGAGGGUCUGCUAGCCCUUGCAUAGGUGCUGCUCUGCGCAUGGAGGGCCCGAAGACGUCGAGGCCCAACACCCUGGACCUGGAAAACAGAGAGGCUGGUGAGGAGGGUGUGGACGCAGGGUGUGUGGCUGACCUGUCGCUGGACGCAGCGCACACACACCCGUGCUCACACUCUCAACACGGAAACAGUCCCGCACACACUGCCCCGGCCACAGAAAGAGACUUAGACCUCAUCCUUCAGUUAGAGGAGGACCAAUCACCUGAAGAGUGGGAGGAGCAAGUCCACCUGGUGUGACGAUGACCGAAGAGAGAGAGAGAGAGGGUUGAUCGAACUGAAAUGAAGAUAAAGAAAAUAAAGAGAAGCACUGGUGGAUAACAGUGAUGCCUGCAGGUGUUUGGGAGCCAGGUGUUUACUGUGUGUAUUAUACUGUAUCUAGAGAGGACAUAAAGCCCUGCGGAUUUUGUCCAGUAAAGAUGAUGUCAUACGCAGUUUUUUUUUUUUCAAGUGCUUUUGUCUGUUCUAACAACAGACAAACUCUUCUUUAAAACAAAAAGUGUUUAAAACAGUACAUCAAUGGAAAGCUACUGAUAUCAUGACACAUGAAAAUGCUGCACAUGUUUUUGUUUUGUUUUCCUAUUUUAUUUAUUUCUGCCUCCUGUAUUUGCCUCCUCAGUUUGUCCAGGUUGAGAGUUUUUGGUGCUGAUCAUGCUGACAUCCACACUUGCCUCGCACACAUACACGCGCACACACACACGCACACGUACGUUUUAUCGACACACUGACCCAACCACGAGCCUGUUCAGAGCUCCCAGAGCCAAAUAUGAGAAAAACUGUAACCUUGAAGCUCGUUCAGCGUACUGUACAAUCAGAGGGCCUAAUUCUGAUUUUUGGACCUUCUUGCACACUGUGCCUGCUUUGUUAGAGAGCUCAACACACUACUGAUGUUUCCUUUUGGUAGGCUGUUAAAGAACGACGAUACACAUGUGUGCUCAGUAAACGUCACACUAGUACAACAUGCUUAUCUGGACUAAAUGAUGAUUUUUAUUUUGUGAUACUCCACUGGAGAGAAAAGAUCGUGUCCCUCUGCACAGACAGGUCAGAGGUCAGUCUCAGCUACAGAGCAGCGUCCUUAAGAGUCAGUCGGAAAUCCGCAUCACUGGUGCUUGUUCCAAAUAAUUCUCUUUAUCAAAGAUGAGCUUUCAUCCAUAUUGCUGUAAUUUACAACUGCUGUGGCUCAGUUUUCACAACGUAGUUUCAAUGUGCAAUAGUCUGAACACAGAGUGCUGUACUAAUAAUUUUGGCCUCAACACUGACCAUAGGACGCAUCUUGAUCAAACCGGGUAUCCGAACAUGACAAUACUAGCUCUGUACCAAAUGGUUCAUAACAAAUAAUCCCGUCAAACAGCAACUCUGGUUAAAUCAAGUAUUCAGUGGUCAUUUUCUCAGAUUAUACGCAGAGGAGUGAUGAAACAAAUGUGCAAUUUAUGCAGACGUCAGUAUGAAAAAUGAUUGAAUAUCAUAGAAAACGAAUGACAUUUGAAAAUAUUUUGGUGUUGAUAUCAUAGUUGUCUAUAUUUAUAAAACUUAAAACAACCCAAAACCAAGAUAAACAAAUUAUAUAAUUAUUAUAUGUAUGACUACAUUAUUAUAAUUAUUAUGAUAUAAUAUGUUACUGUAUAUAGAUAAAGAACUUGAGAGGCAUAUUUCACACCACAGUAAAUUUUAUAUUCAUGCAACUCAAAUGAUUGUAAUAGUAGUCGUCAAUUGCUGGUGUAUCGCUAGAGAGCAUACAACUGUUGCAUUCAUCCGGUGAUCUGUUUGCUAAUAAAAUUUAAAACCCCGACUGAGUCUUUAUAAAAAUGGAAACUGUUGUGAGAACUGAGCCGAAUCGAUCAGACAAUACAGACCGCAUUUAAUAAGUAUUAUCAUAUCUGUUCCACUGCUGAUGGCUAGUACAGUGUCCUGUUGAUGGAGGGGAGAUCGGUGGGGGGGUUUUUUAAAAUCUGUAAUUUAUCCUUUUUUAGAAUUCCUUUAUGAAUUACUAUAGAGAUGAAAUUUCUACAAGUUGAGACCGGAGUUGUUGAGUCUGUGUGCCUUUUUUGUUGUUCGAUCGUGUGUGUUUUAUUUGUCGGUAUUUAUUAUUAGUGUCAUAACUUUUUAAAACAUGCUAAACCAAGUCGCUAAUGAAAGAUAAAGGAGAACGCAUCACCAUACACUGACGCAUGUUAGUAUUGUUUGUCCUUUACAAUCCCAGGUGUAUCCUUCUUUACCAUUAUUCCAGAGGAGCAGUGCCCACAUUGUCAACAUUUUACCACUAAAUCCUGCUUGAUGCUUCCUGAACGAGUUGAUUUGUCAUUUAUUAUUUUUAUUUUUUUUACCAUAAUUAUCAACCAGUUUAUCUGAAAUUUGUUCAAAUGUAUUUGGCCUUUGUUUUUUUUUUGUUUUUGUUUUAAAGGAUCUUGAAUGUUGAUCCUGGGUUGUCAUUCAGCCUUUAUCUUAAAAAUAUAUUGCCCUUGCUGUAAUGUUUACAAGAGAUUUAAACACUGCCUGAUGUGUUGAGACACGAUUUGAUGCUUUGGAGCCUGAAAUGAUGAUGAUGAUGAUGAUGGUGAUGAUGGAGUGUUUUAAUCAUUCACAAAUGCAAAGAUAUCCGGUGUAAGAUCAAAAUUCCUUACUAGAAUUUUCUCCCUUUUCUUUCCAAAGUGUCCAGUUAUACAGAAUGUCACAUGCAAUCCAAAAUGCAUUACUUCUAAUUGAUAGUUUGAGUUUUUAAGCUUGAGUUCUGGAGUGCUCCACUGAAGUGAUCGUGACUUUAAAUCCUAAAAUGACACCCUUUUUUCCCCUCUCUGUAUUGAACAUUUAACUGUGAAGGUGCAGGACAGUCUGGAGACUCUGGUGAAGACAUUUCUAAAGAUGUGAGGGGCAGCUGGUGAGGCCCAUACCAUCUCAGACCUUCUUUCCCGAGUAAUGGCUUUUUAAACACGACUGUGCACAUUUAUUUUAGGUUGCAACCCGAUGGAAGCACAGAGUCCAGGGGAUCUUUUAAUUUGCACAAGCAUGCAGUUAAUGCAUGAAAAUAGUCCAGCGGUGUCAGGCGAGAUGUGGAGGACUGAAGAGUGACCUUUAUUUAUUAUUACGAUUAUUAUUAUUUUCGUUUUAUUUUUUUUUAAUUUACAAUUAGACUUAUGGUUCUGUGCCAUUUUGUACCACAUAUAUAGUGUUUAUAUAUUAACAAUCCCUCAAACAACCACUUCAGAAUUCAAACAAGUUUAAUUGCACUCUCAUAGAUUAUACUUGAUACAUUCCCAGUCGGUCCAUAAGAGAGGUUUGAUGUGUGGCCAAAACUGUAAAUGAAAGUGUCAGUGCAAAGUUUACUCUCAAUAAAAAGAGCUGAAAGUG